GUCGUGUCUCUCUGGCUCACGGUGCCUCUCUGCGGAUCGAUGGGCUGCUCUUGCAGGACGAGGGCUGGUUCGAGUGCCGGAUCCUCUUUCUGGACAGACAGGAGGACGAGUUUCAGAACGGCACCUGGACCUUCCUCUCCAUCACAGCCCCACCUGUGUUUAUCAAGACUCCACCCCCAGUGGUGGAAACACUGGAAGGUAAUUCGCUGGCCCUGACUUGCUCCGCCCACGGCAAUCCUCAACCAAUCAUCACUUGGAGGAAAGACGACGUCAUCCUAGAAAGCGGGGAGAAGCUAGAGCUUUCCAAUGGGACGGUGUUCCUGUCUCCUGUGGGGAGAGCCAGCACAGGGCGGUACGAGUGCCAGGCCUCCAAUCAGGAGGGAAACAUCACCCACUCUGCACAGCUCCUGGUGCUAGGUCCUCCAAUCAUAGUCCUCCAGCCGGCAGACCUCACGCUGAAUGUAUCCCAGGAUGCUGCGCUGCACUGCCAUGCCGAGGCCUAUCCCUCCAACCUGACGUAUCUGUGGUGGAAAGGGGGGGAGAACGUGUUUCACAUCCAGUCUCUGAAGUCGCGGGUUCGAAUCCUGGUCGACGGCACUCUGCUGAUCCAGAGGGUGAUCCCAGAGGAUGCUGGGAACUACAGCUGUGUGCCGACCAAUGGCAUUCUGACUCCGCCCACCGCCUCUGCUUACAUUCGAGUCCUGCACCCCGCCCAGGCGGUUGACAUGCCGGCUGAGACCUAUCUGCCAAUGGGGAUGCAGGGAGUGAUCACAUGUCCAGUGAGGGCGGACCCCCCAGUGCUGUUUGUCAACUGGACCAAAGAUGGCCAUCCGUUGGACAUCGAGAUGCCCCCAGGUUGGGUUGUGAAUUCCAUGGGUUCGGUUUCCAUAGCGAUAGCCAAUGAGGAUGCACUGGGCUUGUACACCUGCACUCCCUAUAACAGCUACGGGACCGUGGGCCAAUCAGCAGCCACCAGAGUCGUUCUGCAGGACCCGCCCACUUUCCGCCUGUCUCCGCGGGCGGAGUAUCUACAGGAAGUGGGGCGUGAGUUGGUCAUUUCCUGUGCGGCCAAUGGAGACCCCGCCCCAAACAUCACCUGGACGAAGGUGGGAUUAACCCCUCACUCCCUGUUCGGAGUGGCUGUGAACGGCUCCCUGAUCCUCAGCCCUCUCAGUAAGGACCACCAGGGGGCGUGGGAGUGCCACGCGCGGAACAGAGUGGCGACCGUCUCCACACGCACCUCCGUGUCAGUGCUGGGUACCAGCCCCCACGCAGUCUCCGAGCUCGCUGUCACUCCGGGGGUCAACACUGCCAACCUGACCUGGGAGCCGGGCUUCGACGGGGGGUACACUCAGAGAUUCAGCGUGUGGUUGAAGCGAGUGUCUCAGGGGAAACACGAGUGGACGUCCCUCCCAGUUCCUCUCUCCCAGUCCAGCUUACUGGUUUCCAGUCUGUUCCCGGACACUGCGUACCAGUUCAGUGUCCUGCCACAGAACAAGCUGGGCAGCGGGCCGUUCAGCGAGGUCGUGACGGUGCUCACACUGCCUGUCCCUCAAACAGAAGCCCCGCCUCCACUGGUGACAUCACCACCCCUUCUGAACCCGCCUAGUUUGCUAUCAGUCAACCAGAGCCUGAGGGGUGUGGUCUUGAGGUGGAACCCUCCCCUUUCACCGUCCCCGUCGAUCAAGGGAAUAAUCCUCCAAUCAAGACGCGAGAAUGGGGACUGGGCGGUGCUUGAUGGCUCCAUCCCAGCCAAUCAGAGCGAGAUACUGGUGCAGGGACUGCUAAGGGACUAUAACUAUGAGCUGCGGCUGCUGUCUCUGGGGGACAAUGUGAUCAGCGCACCGAGCGAGUCCGUCAACAUCUCCACUGCAGGUAUGGACGCGUACCCCUCUCAAACCCGCCUCUCGGAGCUGCUGCCUGGGCCCAUAUUGGCCGGUGUGGUGGGCGGGGUCAGCUUCCUGUGCGUGGCCAUCAUCCUAUCAGUGCUGACCGCCUGCGUCAUGAACCAUAGGAGAGGGAGACGCAGGAGGAAGAGGAGAGAAGAUCUCACACACGCCUUCCAGAAGGACCCCUCUCCUCCAGCUGGCCCGUUUACUGACAGCCCCGACAGCGUCAUGAAGCUCCGCCCGCUCCUUUAUGACCACGCCCCCUCCAACAAGGCCAGGAAGUCGCAUCACCAGCAGAGACAGCUGCUCCUAGCCAAUCCGCUGGCUUCCCCUCGAUACGCAGUCUUCGAGAGUUACCUGGGCAGCUCGGCUCCGCCCACCUCCCCCAUCGAGUCCAUCUCGCGAGGACCCGAUGGGCGAUUCAUCGUGCAGCCCUACCCAGAAUGCAUCACCCCAGCUUGCGUCAAGAACAGUCUGAAAAAACACUUCCCACAAGGCCCAAACGGUCUGGCCAGCUUAGAGCGUGAAAAAAGUGGAAGGACAAGACAUUCGUCAAAGAGUCACUCCUGUUUCACUACUAAUGAAGAGGAGAGGAGUGUGGGAAAAGGGCCAAAGAAAGAACACAUCUGCUGUUAUGUUAAAGAGACUGAAGAUGCUGAAGAGUGGUCCAAAAGUAGCGGCUGUUUUUACACAAACGAACAGGAGGACUUUAGGAAGAGCCCCUCGCUCUUUUAUGCAAGCGAGGAUAAGAAACUGAGUGAGGACUGGUCCGAAAGCCAGCGUGGUCUUUAUGUUAGCAUGAAUAAGACAGAGGAUGGAGAAUCGACUACAAGCAACUCUGUUCUGUAUGAGAAAGAGAAGGACCCAACUGAAAGAAGUCUCUCCGAAAGCAGUGCUUCAGAUUUCAGUAACAUUACAGAGAUCAAACUAGGCACAGCCUUCCCUAAAAGCCACAGGCAGUUUUAUGGAAACGACGAUGACAAAUUAGACAUUGAUGUUCAGAAAAGGUCUGCCUAUUUUUACGCCAAUGAGAAAGCAAAUGGGAAAGAGGGAGGAGGGACCAUAGAAGUAGGUCACCCCACUUCUACUCAAAAGGACGGGUGCCCCGUCCAAUCACAGAUGAGGAAAGACAGGUGUAGCAAAUCUGAAGUCUGGAAGGAGAAAUACAAUUGGACACAUUCAGGUGUGGGGGAGGAGUCUUUGGGGGAAGUGGUCACCCUAAACCCCUCCCGUUUUAGGACAGGGGGUGUUGACUUGUCCAGACAAGGAAGAGCGAUGGAGACAGAGAGGGCUGCGUAUUCAAUGAGUACCCUUCCUUUAGAAAGAGAGGCGCAGAGAGAAAAACGUUUGACGAACGCCAGCACCUUGGUGUCCCAAAUGGAGCGAGAAAGAGAGGGGCACAGUCUGAACAGAUAUUAUAAACACGCGAAAGAGAGAGAGAGCAGGAGAGAGGGAGAGAGCUACUCAGUGAGCCAGGGUAACUUGGAGAGAGGGGGGUGGAGGGAGAGGGAGAGGGAGAGAGAACCGGAAGAAACAGACCCAAUAUGGAAACCCCAAGCCGUAACCCUGCGGUCCAAAAACAAGAUGCUGACUGGCAAGGACCAGAGGAAUUCUGGGUUCCGGAAAGGGUGCUAUUUUGGUAACACAAGCAGCCCUUUAGACCAAGCCUCCUCUUCCCCUUACAUCCACUGGGAUAUCAGCCCGGUGACCUCGAUAACCACUCUCAUCCCAGUCCAGGGCAGCGUUCAAAACAUGAUGCCUCCAGCUAGGGAAUCUACUCUAGUUGCUACAGAUAACUUUACAACUGUCAAGCAGCCUCCCUCAACCUCCUUCCUCUCUCCACACAGUGCUACCUUCUCCAGUUUUGCUGGGGACAUAAGACAGGCCAAAUCGAGGUAUCCAGAAAAUAUAGAAAGAGAGGAAGCAAUGGAUGCAUAUUGUUCUGCAGCUACUCUAGUUUAUAAUAGGGAGAGGGAGAAGGAAGGCUGUGCUGCCUUCAUUUCUAAUCCAGAGACCGAGAUGGAAAGAGAUCAUUAUUCGACCAGCACUAUCCCAGUUUGCGACCCGGAGGGAGGGAGUGUGAGGGAGGGGGAGGGAGAAGGAGAAAGGGGGGUGGAGAUGGAGAGGUACGAAGCUUGUUCUGCCUUUCUUUAUGAGCGAGAGAAGGAGGGAGGGACAGAAGGAGAGGGACUGAGAGAGGGGGAGGGAGCGAUGGAGCAUGAAAACACUGAUAAACACUCAGAUGACAGUACUAUCAUAUCCCCAAACCCUGAAAAGGAAGGUGUGAGAACUCGUUCAAGAAAAAGUGACAAGUACAAUUUCAGCGCUAGUGCCAUUUGCCUUUCCCCGUUAGCCUUAAUACCGGACAAUGAUACAGUUCAUGACCAGUCUGACUUGUCUAUCUAUAAAUCACUCGAUUCUUCAAGGGUAAGGCUACAGAAACAGCCAUCUCGGUCUUCUGCAAGUACCUCACAAAGAUCCAAACAUCAGACCAGUGCAAUCCUGGAGUACCUGAGCUCACCUGGGUUUAUUGAAAUGAGUGUCGACGAACCAAUAGACGAGCCCAAAACUGAAGACCCACCCGGGCCUGGUGCAGAUGAAAAGCCUGGGAGUUUCCUGCAAGGUUCUGAAUCUUUACAAGAGAAUUCAGGCCCUGGGAGUUUCUUGGAGGACAAGACUGCUUUCAGCUCAGAAUUUCCCCAAGACCCCUUUGAAGCUAGAGAUACAAGCUUGAGAACAAAUCCUUUGGAGAACUGUGGGCUUCCUGCAGACCUCGCACCUGCAAGUGUCCUAAAACAGUCACCAGGGUUUGAGUCAGGGCCUACCUGGGACCAAAAUCCUGCAGGCUUAUUUAAAGAUAAGCCCAGUUUGGAGAGCACUGGAGAGCUUACAACGUCUAUACCUCAGGAACCUGGAUAUUUAGAGAAUGAAGCAGCUUCUCAAAAGAGAGACGGUAUCUUCCUGGAACAGACUUCCUCAGAUCUGCAAAGCCAGAACAGGUUUACCUGUGAGACUUCACAGUGGCCUAGUCACUUCCAGGGGCAUCCUGGGACUUUCCAGAUCAGGCCGUCUGGUUUUGAAGCUUCAAACACAGGCCAGCCAACUUCACAAGGGCCUGAGACAGAAAGCAGCUUGGUGAGGCCUCCAGAGGCUAAAAGACUACCCUUCAGGACAUACUUGCCAAGGGGCUACAGCUGGCCGUCCCCUUAUCACAGCUCUUUAGAGCUGAGGGAGUCGGAGGGGGAGGCACAGAGCGAGACGGAGAGGCAGGGAGAGAGAGAGGCCGAGAUUGAAAUGAAAGAUGUGAGGGAUGUUAAAGAAGCCCGAGCCAGUUUUGCUAGUCAAAGCAGUGGCCGGGGGAGUGUAGGGCCCACCUUCGCUCCCUCUCUCCAUCGCUACUCCCUCUCGCUCACUCCCUCUCUUCCCGCCUCUCCCGAAACCACUCAGAACGAGGAAGAGAGUGAAACUCGAGCGGAGGAGACAGCGAGGUCCGUGCCGCCGCACCUGGGGAGCAGAGCCAAGAAAAGGAGAGACACAUCAGUAGAUGAAAGUUACGAGUGGGACUCCGUGGACUUCCCUGUGGAAUCAGAGAUCCUUGAGGCUCUGAAACUCUACAGCAGAGAGAGCGAGACAGCGGGAGAGCGGAAGAGAGAGAGACCCAGGUCUACGAUCGCAGUGAGGGAGCUGGAGAGCAGAGGUCUGCUCUCCCCAGACCCCCCAGUGUCCCCUGCCUCCUCCCAGUACAGACUCCCAGUGCGAUCGCUCAGUGAGGCUCGAUUCAACGAGCUGAGACAGGAGUUCCUGGAAUAUCGCAGAGAGCAGGAAAGCAGCCGAGGCAAGAAGCCCGACUCCGAGGCCACACUGCUGUGAACACAAGGGUCUUAGGGAAACUGCCUUUUACUGGGAGAGUCGAAGACUGAUUACUGGGACCAGUCUCUGUGAUAAACUCCUCUGUGGGUUCAAGCUGCAUCAGAACGGAGGCGAGAGACCUCACUAACUGGGUCACAGCUGUCCGUUUUGAAGCUCAGCGAUGACCCGAAUACUGGACCCCUUUACAUUUUCUCAGCACUACCUAACAAUGAAAUAUGCUUGCGAGGCUGCAAGCACACCUGGGAGGAACCCGAUGAAAGCUCCAGGAGAUCUGGGUGUAGAAGAGAGCAUUUCUAAACCCAUAUUAUCUGCAUACCAAGACAGACUGACAUCUAGUGGCCAAGCAAGAGCCUCUUGGACUCACUGAAGCGGUCGGUGUAAUUGUAACCUGCUGUUGUGCACUGGGAGAGCUCCAGAUCCCUGCGUUAGGAACGCGCUGGGCUAGGGUUUAAAGUAAAUUAUCAUGAUGCUUCAGUACAUUCCACUAGGAAAACAAAAAAAAGAAAUCAGGAUUUUAAUUAAGAAAAUUGAGAAACUGAAAAACACGACGACACUGGCAAUGCAACUAAAAUGAAGCGAAUGCGUUGAUUUUUAUGAUAACACUUUACAAUGUGUCUGCAAUUCCAAUGUAAUGAACACGUGAUUUCCUACUGAUUCCAAAUCAAAUGAAGAUACUUUUCAUGACUUCAUAACAUUUCCCUUAAUACACAUGAAAUAAUCAUUAACACACUAAUUUUAAAGUGUUACUUUUUUUUUUUUUCUAAGCCAGAUCUCGACUCCUCACCAGGACCGGGCAUUAUUGUUAAUGCUGCCUGGAAAGGAGAGGGCAUCAGGAUGGGACAGCCCUCACUGUUUAUUUAUUUUGUAUUUAGUUUAUUAACUGGGAUAGGGCUGUAUAAGAUGGAACUUCUAGAGUCAUUCCGGAAGGACAAAUUAAAGGCAGGUUCCGAACACACAACGCUUGUGACUGUAUCUCAGAGAAACAAGAAACAAGAAUCAGGUAAAAAAAAAAGUCAGAUUUUUAGUUUAGAUACAGAGAGUGUAUAAUGAGGUGACGCCUGGUUCGCUGAGCCCUCCCAUCUGAAUUAUACAAACAUGUACUUAUUAUUUUUAUCAUGAAAACAAAAUCUACCUGAAACCGAGGAUACAUCGGGGGGGAAACCCUAAAUAUCUUGAAAUUUCACAUUUAUUGACAAUCACAGAGGCAUAGCCAAUAGAUGCAAACACUUAUUGACGCACAGAGACUAAUCGGUCCCAUCUGCUUGUAAACGGGACUGGCUGGCAGGAGUGACUGGCAGAGGUGUGAUUUUCAUAGCCACGGUUCACUCAGGUCUUCAGUAGUAUCUUGACCGUUUCAAUGGUUUGAGCUGGACGGCACGGGACCAUUUCUCUCCCCUGGUUUCAACAAAACGAAAAUGUGAAUGUGUUACCAGCAGGAUUAUUCUGGCUGGUUUAAGCGUUAUUCAAACUGGGAUCCUGUAACAAACACUUCAGAAACAGAGGCACGGCUGGUUGAUCUUUUUAUUGGGAUUUCAGAUCUUUUUUUUUCUAUACACAGUACAGGAAUUUUUUGAUUUUAAAAAAUCAUUUUCUACAAAGAAAAAAAAAAAAAAAGCCGAUUUUAAAAAGUUGUGAUUUUGUUUUUGAACGUGUGAAAUGAGUGCUUGUUUAAAAUGAUGAAUGAAUAAACCGAAUCACUUGAAUUUAAA